GUCACUUUCGAUUCCAGGAGCUGAACGAUAUGUUAUCAUAUUCACAGACGUUGGAGGGGCGUUAGCGCACCGUUUUACCAUUUCUUGUGUCAAUUCCCAUAUAUUUCUACACCCUGGAUUCUCAGGAAGAGAGAUGAGAAAAUGCAUCUGGUGUGAGGUAACGACGUGGCAAUUGCAAAAUCGAGCCCAGGGUUGUUGAAAAUGGAUUGUUCUGAAGAAUAUGUGGAUGCAAGAUCAUCCCCUGACACGAGUGAACAGGAUUCACCUGUUCUUCACAGGAAACAAGAAACGCCAAGUCAAGAUACGAAAGAACAGGACUGUCAGAAUAGCCUCGAAAGGCAACCCGAUCCUGCCAAACGAAAUGAUAGCCAGCCUCCUCAUACACGAACUGAUGUUCAAACUGAUGACCGAACAGAGAGUGUAGGAUCAGAAAUUAAUACCACUCUGUCUUCCUCUGAUGUGGCAAGCAGGGACAAACAGGAUGAAGGUAAUCUCAAUGAUCCUGCUGAUAGCAAACAGAAGAAUUUAGUUUCACAGAAUCAUAAGGUUGAAGAAGAACAUGAACGUGAAGCCGCAUCGUUCCAUAGAAACAGUGGGAAAGGAUCUCCUCUGUUGGAUACAAAUAGUGAAGAUGCUUCCCUUCGCAGUUGGGUCAAUAUCAGCAGUGCUACUAUGUCACCUGACAGCAUGUAUAGAGGUGCUUUUCAAGAUAUGGAUAGAAACGAAGUUACAUCCUUUGACAACAGCAGUGAACAUGUUUCCCCAGCUAUGAAUGCCAACAAAGAAGUGCCAAGCCAUCAGAGGGCCACAGAUGCCCAUAGUGACGACGGACCAGAUAGUUCACCUAACCACAAUGACAAUGAUGAUGAUCAGCAUGGACCCUCGAAUGCAAUGGUCAGUUCUAAGAGAGAGACGGACACAGACGCCUAUACAGAUGAACGAGAGAGUUCCCACAAGCAUGAUGACAAUGAUGAUGAUCUAUACGGACCUUUGAAUCCUCUGGCCAAUCCUGAAGGAGAGACGGACAAAGACUCCCAUACGAUUCAACCAGAUAGGUCCCACAAGCAUGAUGACAAAGACGAUGACAAAGACGAUGAUCUGUUUGGACCUCUGAAUGAUGACAAUGGUGAUGCUUUGAAUGGGGCUGCAAGUCCACUGCCUAGUCCUGAGAGUGGGACAGGCACAGAUGACCUUGAAAACGACCCAAAUACUUCCCUCAAGCAUGAUAACAAUGAAGAUGAUCAGCAUAGACCUUCGAAUCCACUUCAGCAUCUCCCAGGUAAUGAAAACGAAUGUGUCACUCAAGGUGUGGAAAAUGAAAACUUCGGAGCUGUCACCAAACCUGAAAACGAUACAACUCCACCCAAUCAAACUGUCGAACACACCUAUCCUGGCCGUGAUCCUAUUAGUGACAACUUGGAAGUUGACGGAAGUUGUAGGCACGGCUCAGAGCAGCAGCAUUACUCUUCUGAAACAACUACUGGUCAAAUCAAUGUUAAUAUAAUCAAUACUCGUAGAGAAAACACAGACGUAAGCUUUGCUCAUGUAGAGGAUAAAAGCGACUACAGCGAGAUCCUUCCUAAUGAUGCACCUGCUAGGCAUGAAGUCGUAGACGUGUAUCAUGGGCAGACCAUGGGUAUUCAGGGUGGGUAUACUGUUGAUGAAGGCACACGGCACCGGAAGGAAAUUCAUCAACCCGGAGAAACAGAAACUUCUGAUGACAAUGCAUAUCAUGGAAGAACUGUCUACCCUGAGUCGCUUCCACAGAUGUCCGCCACAGGACCUACUGACCAGACUGAUGCUGAAAGUUCUGUGCAUGAACAGCAGAAUGUAGGACUUGAGUCACCACCCCAGAAUGUACAUGGAAACCAAGGAAACGAAAAGGAAGAAUGGCAUAUGGCUCAAGAAGAAUUACCUGAACAGACACAAGCACACAUGUCCACGGUACAGGGCGAACAAAUGCCACAUGAUGUUACUCAGCAUGAACAGGGAAAUCUACACUUUGACGGACCUGGAGGUGUGCCACUUGGAUUUCCACAAAACCCUGAAUGCAUUUCACAGCAGCAACGAGGGUAUGGAUUCCAGAAUGCCCCUGUGACUAGUCCUCAUCAACAAAUCAAUACUGGUGCAGUACCCUCUGACCUACAAGGGCAGUUCCACCAUGGGAACAGACCUCCACAGUAUUACCAAGGACAUAUUCACCAUCAGUCCGGUUUCCCGCCAGCAGGAAAUAUUUAUAGCUAUCCUGAUGUGUAUUCACACCUGCAGGGACCUCAGAACAUAGCACAUGCUGGAUAUGGAACAGAAGGGUUUCCUGGACCACAUGGAAAACAUCACAUGGAGUAUCCAGGUCCAAGGUUUCCUCAAAUGCAAAACCCACCGCAUGGGUAUCAUCCCCAGACAAGGCAUCAACAUCCUAGACCAAGUUUGAUUAUAGACCCAAAUACAGGAUAUCCUACAAAUGCACCCCCGCCAUAUCGGGCUCCUAGUCAAGCUGAUUGGGGACAGCAGUUCUAUGGCCAACCACCUUCUCAUCCUCCCCCUCCCCAGCAGACAUAUGAUCAACAACAACAGCAUCAACAACAUUACAGACAACAACAGUUCCAACAACAGCACCAUCAACACCAGUCUUUUAGUACCCAACAACAUCACAUGCCCCCUGGUUCCGCUGCUGAACAAGAGGACUGUAUGAAUCAAGACACAGAUUACAAGAGGGAGAAAGAGCCACUCCAGACCAUCCUUGUUGAAGGAAUUACCCCAGAUCUGACAGAAGAUGUCCUUGAGAUGUACUUCGAAAAUAAGAAGCGAUCUGGUGGAGGUGACAUACAGGGAAAGAUGAAGAUGGACAAGGCGAAGAAAGCGGCUUACAUCACUUACGAGAGUGAAGAAGUUGCCAGGCGAGUGGCCGAGAAGGAGGAACACAAAUGCAGCUGCCACGUUUUGAAGGUGUCUCUGUACGACCCUGUCGAGAGUCCUUCUUCUGAGCUGGAUACCAACACAAUCGCUGUGACAGGGUUCCCGUCAACCAUGACUCUAGACACUCUGGAGAUGUACUUUGAAAACAAGCGUCAUUCGCGUGGAGGGAAUAUCCUUGAAGCAUCGUUUUCACAGAAGAAGGAUGUGUUGUACAUUAAGUUUGAAAAGGAAGGAGCUGCCAAGGAUGUUGUUGCAAAGACGGACCACACGUUCGAAAGUCACCCUCUGACUGUAACACUCCAUCGGCCAAAGGCAGGACAAACCUCGUCCCCGAAGGCUAUUGCAAUCACAGGGUUUGGAGCAAAACCUGAUGAUGAUACGCUACAGAUGUACUUCGAAUCCAAGAAAAAGUCUGGUGGCGGAGAGUUUGAAAAGUACCAGAGAGAAAAAGGGGUCAUAUACAUUACAUUCGAAGAGGAAGCAGUGGCAGAUCGAGUUUUGGAAAAGCGUGAACAUACUGUUGGAGGCGUGACAUUGACAGUUGUGAAGGCAGGGAUGGAGGAACUAGAUGACAAAUGCGAUGCAGACAAUAACGACGAGGAGCCCGCGACCACUAUUGAGAUACGAGGCUACGACAAAGCAGCCUCUAACGACUCCAUCGCAUUGUACUUUGAGAACAAGCGGAAAUCAGGCGGAGGACCUACAAUUGAUCUGAAACGAAAUGACAAGAAAGGGGUCAUUUAUAUAACGUUUGAGACUGAAGAAGUUGCUGAGAGGGUAGUCAGCAAAGAACACAAACAGUCUGGCAGACUGCUGCAGGUAAAGCUGGCCAUACCCCAAGUUAUGUACAAGGACAAAGUACUACUCACAGGGGUGCCACCCAUGGAGAGUUAUGAAACACUGAGCCUUUACCUCGAGGCAAAGACAGAGCUUGAGGUGCAGCAGCUCCUGUAUGGGGAAGAAGAUGGAGAUGUACUGGUUACAUUCUCAGAAGAUAUCAAAGAUUUUGAGUUGAUGAAAGAAAAAAUGAAGGACAAACCUUUUAAACAAGGAGGAAAGGAAGUUACCUUCAACAUUGACAAGGUACCUGAGACAAGCAGUAUCACAGUAUGGGACAUCCCAGAGGAGAUAACAGAGGAUCAACUCAGGCUGUACUUCGAGAACACCAGGCGAAGUGGUGGGGCUGAUGUGGAAGAUGUCAUCAGUAACAGCCAACAGAGAUAUGCAGUCAUCAAGUUCCAGGAUGCAAAAGUUGCCGAGAGUGUGUACAAACGAAAACACAAGCUGCAAAAGCUCCCAGUUGAAGUUAGUCUUAAUUUUGAGUGUCUUGGGGAGUCUGGAGGGACCUUGGAAAUGCCCUGUUCAAAAUUGCCAGACGCCUUCACAGUUUGUGAUUUGGAGGAAUAUAAAUUGAGACAUCUUGUGGAAAACAAUGUUGCAAAUGUCUCUGUUAAAGAGAUUAUGGCGAACGUCAAUACAGAUAUUGACAUGAACGUAAUGGACAGGAAUGCAACCUUCACGCCUAAUUUUUCACUGAAUACACCAGAUGCAAGAUCAAUAUGUAAAACAUGGAGAAAACAAGUAGAGGCUACGUUCACAGCAGAACUGGAUUCAGUCAAAGUACAGACGGUUUCUGUCAGUAGCGAUAUAUGGACUGAAGUCCAAUCAAAACUGAAAGAGUUACCACAACAUUUACCACAUGAGAUACAGCUGUUUUCAGACAAGGGACGAGUCGUUGUCAUUACAGGUCCGGAGGAAAAGCUACCCAACAUUUGUAGUGAGAUACAAGAGACCAUUGACGGCAUGCAGACAAUGUAUGAUAGGAAGAAGAAUGAAAUUGAAGACAAAAUAUCCACAAAACCACCAAAGCUUAGGCUUUUACUUUUACAAGGAAUACUGCAAAGUGUACAUGCUGAAGGUUUGUGUGUGGACGUGGAUAUAGAUAAAGGGGAGCUAGUUUUCACUGGUCAAAAGGAUGAUGUCCAAUCUGGCAAGAUGAAAGUUUAUGAGGAGUUGAGUAAAAUACAGCAGCAGACAAUUGUCAGUAAACUCACUCCAAACCAAGUCGAACUAUUACAUCAUGGGACUGUUUCUGAGGUUCUCGUAAAGAAACUGCAGGAUCAGCCAUCUCCUUUGAAGGGGUCUUGGGAACCAGCUAAAGAAGGCGUCAUAGUCUACUAUACCGAAGAAGAUAAGAUUGGAGAUGUUUUGAGGUACAUCAGCACAUCACUAAAAGAAAUCACGUUACAACUUGAUGACGAAAAUCUGCUCCUACUGUCAUCAAAAAAGUUUAAGGAAUUUAUGGCCGAACUUACAAAGGCACACGAGGACAGGAUCAUCAUCACACCAGAAUCUAAGAAACGACAAAUAACUGUAACUGCAGUCAGCAGAGAUUGUGCGUCCGUGGAGUCUGUUCUGCAAAAAUUCAUUCAGGGAAACAGUAUUUACAUUGUGUCAUAUAAAUGUGAUGCAUUCCAACUAAAAUUUAUGAUACUCCAUUGCGAGGAUGAACUUGACGCAAUAGAGCAACAACUAGAGCAGUUUUGUGUCAACUUUGAAAGACGAAACAACGAUCCUGAUUUUGCUUUGACUUUGAAAUCCACAAAAGCUGGUCAGCCACAUGCCAUUAAGCUAAUAGACUGCAUCACUAAAAGAAUCACAACACACACACAAGUUAUGUCACGUCCUGGAUUGAAAGCCUACUUAGAAAGCGCCACCUCUGUCUUGCAAAGGGUUGAACGCGAUACAAGAUGUGUCAUCUCACUGAAGGAAAGCAUCAAUGACAAUGCAGAAGAUCUGAGUGAAGAUGAUACAUCAAUGGCAUACGAUGUUGCCUUUGUUUGUUAUCAUAAAAACGAAGGGCAACUGCAAAUUGCCCUGGGAGAUUUAGUGGCCAUACUCCCAGACGUGGACGUAGUUGUGGUCGAGGUCACUCCUGGACUAAACAGUGACUCAGAGCAGGCCUGGGAAGUGAUCAGUAGAGCUGGAGAUGGAGCAGUUUCAGAGGUUCGAGGGCUGUCAGGUCAGAUUGCAGAAGGGGAUGUUGUCAGCAGUUCAGCAGGAGCUCUGAGUUGCAGAAUGAUAAUCUAUGCCGUUGGACCCACGGGUAAAAACAACCCCGAGGAGGUUAUCAAGACUUUAGUUACCAAAAGUUUGAAACUUGUUGCCAAGAAGAACAUGAGAUCACUGGCACUCCCCGCCUUUAAUACCCAACUGGUCUCAUCUUAUCUUUGUUCUGAGGACGCCAUGAAGGCUGUGGUUGAAGCUGUGUAUGAGUUCUUCAAUGACAACCCACAGGGCAGCUUGAAAAAUGUCUACCUCUGCACAGAAGACGAGCAACAGUGUGCGCCCGUAUGGAACAUUGCAAUAGAUGCCUUUGGUGAGGGGAAUGUGAAGGGCACAGAUGGGGGAAUGGAGGCAACAGAUUCCCUUCAUGGAGGUCGACGACGUGGAAUGGGCCACAGAAGGUCAAAUGCAAGUAAUCGCUAUGAAAGUGACACAAUCCAAGAGGAUGACUUUGAGGAAGCGUCCGGGGGCCUAGAGGAAGAAUCUCGCUCCCCUCCUAACAGGAUGAAGCCUAGGAUUCUCCUGGUGAAAGCUGACAUGGGAGUAGAAGAGGCAGAUGUGAUCGUCAACUCAAGCAACACUCAUCUUGAUCUUGGCCAAGGUCAAGUGUCUAAGUCACUGUUGAAGCAUGCUGGCAAGGCAAUACAGAUCGAAUGUAAGGAGAAGUACCCACAAGGUGUCAACAUGGGAGGAAUUGCUGUCACUAAGGGAGGUGAUAUGCAAUGCGUGGAACAAAUAUACCACUGCAUUCUGCCACAGUGGAAUGCCAAUACUGGCAAAAAGACCUUUACGGAUACUCUCAAUGCACUCCUCACGAAGACACAUCAGUCCAAAUGGAAGACAAUGGCCAUUCCUGCGUUAGGAACAGGCAACCUGGGAUACUCCAGAGACCUCGUUGCUAAACUGAUGUAUGACACUGUAGUCCAGUUUGGGAAGGAUAAUCCAGACACGACCAUCAAUGAUGUGCUGUUUAUUGUCUACCCGGGAGACGCGAAGACAAUUCAGGCAUUUGAAGCUGAACACAGAAAAUACAUUGCGCUCACUGGAGGUAAACUUGCGUCAUCCCAGAAAGAAAUCGAUGACCAGAGAAUGGACGAACUUGAAGCCUACAGGGAUCAGCUGAAGUCAGACAAAGCAAAACGAGACAAAGGGGCCUCAAUGUCGUCUGUUUUUAAAGCAGCUGUUGGCAGCCUUUUCAAUAGAAAGGAAAAGAAAAGUGAUAAAGCCUUAUCGACACCUGUUCAGACCCCUCGACCUUCUGCUCCAAGCCCCAAACAACCUUCUGCUCCAAGCCCCAAACAACCUUCUGCAACACGAACAGUUGCAUCAGAUGUUAAGGUGUGGAUUUACACUGACGAUGACGCCAAUGUGACGAAAGCAGUUGCCAUGAUUUACAAAGACUGGGAUAGCAAAGCAGACAGACAUACUAUAGACAAAGAUGAGUCCAUUAAAGUGUGGUCCCCAGAGGAGAUCAAUGAUCUCAAAAAGAUUGAACAGGAGUGUGGUGUUUCUAUCACUGCAAACAAAGCCUUAGGACGUAUCAUUCUGUAUGGGUUAAAGCGCAAUGUUACUGAUGCAAGUGGAAAGGUUUACCAGAUGAUUCGAGAGUUGGAGAGGAAGCAUAAGGAUGAGGAAUAUGCGGAUGAACUGCAAAGAGUUGUGCAGUGGUCAUUUGUAGAGCUUACGGAAGAGGGAGAAGACAAAGUUGUUGACUACGAUAAGAAAGUUAAUGUAAUGUUAGAAAAAGCUUACACCAAACAACAAAAGACGAAGUUGGAGUAUGAGGGAUAUACCUUUGAUUUCACCAAAUGGGUAGAGUAUCCUUCAGAGGAUGCGACUGACACAGUGACAAUGAUUCGCCGAGAUAAAGUUUCAGGAGCGUCAGCCCACUUCCCCAGCACAUGGGUUGGCACGAACUCCACAGAUGAUGUAAAGAUUCUUCAGGUACCAAAUGGGAAUCAGGAAUUUACCAGGGUAAACCAGACGUUUACAGACGCAGUUGGAAAUAUGCCUGUCCAGAUUCGAAGGAUCGACAGAGUGCAAAGCAAGACCCUCUACCAACAGUAUCAAGCCAAGAAACAACAGUUGGAAAAGCAGAACCCUGGAACAACGGUAGAAAGGACGCUGUGGCAUGGAACUCCACAGGGGGCAACCAUGAGCAUCAUGACGUAUGGCUUCAACAGGAGCUACUGCGAUAAAGACAGUAAUGCCCUUGGGGAAGGAGCUUACUUCACCUCUGAUGCCGCCUAUGCUUCUAGAGACCGCUAUGCCCCGACCGAUGGUCAGGGCAACCGACACAUGUUCCUCUGUAAAGUACUCACAGGAUCAUACACCCAGGGCCAACCUCAAAUACGAACACCACCACAAAAGGACCCUGCUAAGCAAGAACUGUACGACAGUGUUGUAGACGAUCCAGCGAAUCCAAAGAUCUUUGUCGUAUUCAGUGAUACGCAGGCAUACCCUGAGUAUCUUAUUUCAUUCCAGUAACAAUGUGAACAUGAGUUGAGGAACUGAUUUGGCAUGUCAGUAGAAAAAUGGGUAUUUACCGGCGUGAAUCUUGUUAUUUUGAACUUGCAAUAGUAAUUCUGGAUCAAUAUCAUCCUUUCCUAAUUGUUUCGUCAGUACUCAAUGAGAGUCAUUUCACUAUUGUGUAUGUCCCAAUUUUAGCGCUAGCCUCUCUCAGCAACUAGCACUUGUAAAUAAUUUAUUGAAUAAUGCAACUUUUGCUUUUAAUUUUUAAGUAAGUGUAUAAUUAUAGCAGUGUUAGUGGCUUGUAUAUUUUGAACUGGUAAGUACUUUCACAUUUGGUUAUGGUAAACAUGAUUUGCUUGCUUUUGAACCCCAUGCUAAAUGUCUGAAAACAUUCACUACAUUUGGCCAUAAUACCCUGUGAAGAAAGAUUCAUGUUAGUGGUAAUGCACCAGAAAGGUUUAUAACUGUAUGAAAACUAGCUCAUUUAAGAUGAUGACAUUUUGACUGUGAUAAGAAAGAAUAUGUAGCGUUAGAAGGUAACUUGGUUUAGGGAAAGUUAUACCAUUCCCUGUUAGCUGUCCAUAUCAUGUAAACAUUAAUAGGUUAAUCAUUAAAGAGAUUGCUUUAGUUACUUCUACACAUCUGAAGCGUGUGCACCCUAACCCUAACCCCUCACUUUUGAAUGCAAAUUGCGUGAGUGCCUGGAUGCUAACAUUUGGGAAGGACAUGCUUUCCCUUUCAGCGAACACCUGAUGCCAUCACUGAUGUUCAGUGAUCAAAUCUUGCCUUCCCAGUGUUCACGUUAUAUAUAUAGUUCUGUCUUCAUGGCCCAGAUAUUUGCUUAAUAACAGUUAAUAAAUAAAUCAUAACAAGAUCUUUACUAUCUACUUCCACCAUAGAAUGCUAUCAUUUUUCGCAUGUUUGUAAUGUUUUAUUCAUGUAUGGGAGGCCACAGGCCCAUGUACAUUUCAGCUGUAUAAAUACAAGAACACACAGUUGAGGCAAUUACAUUAAAACCAAUACCUAGGUUCCUCAUAUGAAAGCUCUACUAAUUCGUUGCUAAUUCCUGAUUCAUAAGCAGGUGUAUAUGAACCACAAUCAACUUGUGAUGUUAUAUUGACCCCGGCUUGGUAUUUUAUUUUUUACAGAAUUUUACAGAAGUUUUACUGGAGUCGAAACCCAUGUUGCGAAGUAAUAAUUUCCGUAUUGCAUCAAUAUAAUAUAUUUUUUGAUUACUAUGUUUGACAUGGGGGAUGAUGUUUAGUGAGUUUAAUGUAAUGGUAAUAUACUAUAAUAUUCAAUAAAGUUCCAUUGUAUAAGCACAAGAAUAAAAAGGAAAAAUGACCGAUCUUCUUUUUCUGUUCUUCAGUUGCUCACACUACUAAGGGGCGCAACUCUGCUCAGCACCCAAGACGACUGGGUCGAUCGUGCCCCUCGCGGAUAAAGUAUUUUGUUCGUUUGUUUGUUGUUUAACGCCACACUAAGCAAUAUUCCAGCUAUGUGACGGCAGUAUUAAAAUACCUCAAAUACGAACACCACCACAAAAGGACCCUGCUAAGAGAGUCAUUUCACUAUUGUGGAUGUCUUAAUUUUAGCGCUAGCCUCUCUCAGCAACUAGCACUUGUAAAUGAUUCCUUGAAUGAUGCAACUUGUGUUUUUCAUAUCUCUUACAGUAGUAAGUGUAUAAUUAUAUCAGUGUUUGUGGCUUGUAUAUUUUGAAAUGGUUAGUACUUUCACAUUUGGUAACAGUAAACACGAUUUGCUUGCUUUUGAAUUCCAUGCGAAAUGUCUGAAAACAUUCAAUACAUUUGGCCAUAAUACCCUGUGAAGAAAGAUUCAAAUGACUGGUAAUGCACCAGAAAGGUUUAGAAUUGUAUGAAAACUAGCUCAUUCAAGAUGAUGGAAUUUUGACUGUGAUAAGAAAGAAUAUGUAGCGUUAGAAGGUAACUUGGUUUAGGUAAAAGGUAUGCCAUUACCUGUUAGCUGUCCAUAUCAUGUAAACAUUAAUAGAUUAAUGCUUCAACAGAUUGCUUUAGUUACUUCUACACUUCUGAAGCUUGUACACCCUAACCCUAACCCCUCACUUUUGUAUGAAAAUUGCGUGAGUGCCUGGAUGCUACCAGCAGGGAAGGACAUGCUUUCCCUUUCAGCGAACACCUGAUGCCAUCACUGCUGUUCUGUGAUCCAAUCUUGCCUUCCCAGUGUUCACGUUAUAUAUAUAGUUCUGUCUUCAUGGCCCAUGUAUUUGCUUAAUAACAGUUCAUAAAUAAAUCAUAACAAGAUAUUCAAUAUCUACUUCCACCAUAGAAUGCUAUUCAUUUUUCGGAUGUUUGUAAUGUUUUAUUCAUGUAUGGGAGGCCACAGGCCCAUGUAUAUUUCAGCUGUUUUAAUACAAGAACACACAGUUGAGGCAAUUACAUUAAAACCAGUACCUAGGUUCCUCAUAUGAAAGCUCUUCUAAUUCAUUGCCAAUUCCUAAAUUCAUAGGCAUGUGCAUAUGAACCACUAUCAAGUUGUGAUGACACUAGGUGUUCGCGAAAUGGUGAGCAAGAGUUGGUAUUUUAACCAUCCAUGGGCAGAUGAUUACAUACACGAGAUGGUCUCUUAUUCCAUUGUAAAGAAAAGCAAUGUAGAAAUGACGGUAUGACAGUCUCGAAUGACUUUACAGAAUUUUACAGAAGUUUUACUGGAGUCGAAACCCAUGUUGUGAAGUAAGACUUCCCGUGUUGCAUCAAUAUAAUAUAUUUUUGAUUACUAUGUUUGACAUGAGGAUGAUGUUUAGUGAGUUUAAUGUGAUUGUGAUAUACUAUAAUAUUCAAUAAAGCUCUGUUACAUAAGCACAGGAAUAAAAAGGAAAAAUGACC